AUGGCGUACCCUUUCCAAAUAGGCCUCCAAGAUGCAACCUCUCCUAUCAUAGAGGAACUACUACACUUCCACGAUCACACGCUAAUAAUCGUAUUCUUAAUUAGCUCUCUCGUUCUCUACAUUAUUUCACUGAUAUUGACCACUAAACUCACGCAUACCAGCACCAUGGACGCCCAGGCAGUCGAAACAAUCUGAACCAUCUUACCCGCCAUCAUUCUAAUCCUAAUCGCCCUUCCCUCACUACGAAUCCUUUACAUAAUAGACGAAAUCAACAACCCUUCCCUAACUGUAAAAACCAUGGGACAUCAAUGAUAUUGAAGCUAUGAAUACACUGACUACGAAGACCUGAACUUCGACUCCUACAUAAUUCCAACUCAAGAAUUAAAACCCGGAGAACUACGACUACUAGAAGUAGACAACCGAGUAGUUCUCCCAAUAGAAAUAACAAUCCGGAUGCUAAUUUCAUCUGAAGACGUAUUACACUCAUGAGCCGUGCCAUCCCUAGGACUAAAAACUGAUGCCAUCCCUGGACGCCUGAACCAAACUACCCUAAUGGCCAUGCGACCGGGAUUAUACUACGGCCAAUGCUCUGAAAUCUGCGGCUCUAAUCACAGCUUCAUACCAAUUGUUCUCGAGCUAGUGCCUCUGUCAUACUUUGAAAAAUGAUCUGCCUCAAUGCUAUAA